CUCUCUCUCUCUCUCUCUCUCUCUCUCUCUGCGGAGUUAUCAACGAUUACAACGAUCGACCCUUCGCGAGUUGGUUGGGUACACGCGCGCAUGGACAAAGAAUCGGUAGCCGAUAUAAAUUCGGGGACACGUGUAUCACGAGCGAGAGAAGUCAAUUACGAUCUUUCCUAUAAGGUCUCGCUCGCCCUCGGAUUGGAAGCGGGCGGAUGGGGCGCGCUGGUGGAGCGGACGAGCGCGCACGGAGGCACCGGUGGCACCAUCCUCGGCCACGGCGGCUUCACCGGCCUAGCCGGACUGGUGCGUCGCUGCGGCGUCUGCCUGGCGACAUUCCCGUCGCCGUGGCUGCUGGAGCGACACGCGCUGCUGCAACACGCUGGUCAGACCAGCGACGACAAGCCGUUCACCUGCGAGCAGUGUGGUCAGCGCUACCGCUACCGAUCCGCCUACGUCAAGCAUCGCGAGCAGAACCAUCGCGCGCGGCUACCGGCCGACAAGCUCUUCACCUGCGACGUGUGCGGCAUGCAGUUCAGGUAUCUAAAGUCCUUUAAGAAACACCGCCUCAACCACGCGCUUGAGCGGUUGCAGCGCGCGCCCGAGCCGCAAAGCAGCGUCGUCGUCGUCUCGGCACCGGCCGAGCGCAGCGAUCAGGUCUCCAGCACCGGCGAGCCGUCCCAGAUUGAGACCGGCAGCGACACCACGACGAAUCCGGGCGACGCCGAGGAGAUGCGUGGGGUAUUCUCUGAGAGCGCCCGCGGUGACGAGAGCGUCUCGGAGACCGCGAGCGUUCAAGAGAACCCUGGCGACGCGGUGGAGGUGCAGAUGACGGAGACCACCACCACCACCACCACCGCCACUGGGACCGGCGGGAUUGGCGGUGGUGGCGGCGGCGGCGGCGGUGGUACCAGUAGCGAAGCUGGCGACGUGGACGACAACGCCGUCGACGACGAUCGGCACGAGCCGAGCGAGGCGAUGAUCGAUCUCGCGCGGAGCGUUACUCGCGAGGCCGAUCGUCGCGAGCGGCGCUUUGCCUGCCCGUUCUGCGGCAAGUGCGUGAGAUCCAAGGAGAACCUGAAGCUACACGUGCGCAAGCACACUGGCGAACGGCCGUUCGUCUGCCUGUUUUGCGGCCGCGCUUUUGGAGGCAAGAGCGAUCUAACGAGGCACUUGCGCAUCCACACCGGCGAGCGGCCGUAUCACUGUGAAAUGUGCGGCAAAUGCUUCGCCCGGGCUGACUAUCUUUCCAAGCAUCUCACCACGCACAUCCACCAGCGCUAA